GCUAUCCGGCCGCCUACUACUCCCAGCCCCUACUGGCGCCGCCCGCGGGCUACCCUUCGCUGGCAUACGUCGCCUUCCCGGGCGCCCCCGUGCCAUACCCUGUUAUGUUUCCCGGGUACCCCGGCGGUUUCGUGCACUUCCCCGCACCCCACAUCCUGUAUGCCGCGCCGCUCGCGGCGACGGCGGCGGCGGCGGCGCACAUGCAGCACCAGCAGCCCCAGGCGCCGCAGUCAAAUGGCCGGGUCCCAAACAGCCGCAGGCACUACCACAACAACUGCUAA